UGCAUAUGAAUUUAGUGAUUUACCAAAGAUUUAACGCAGUAGGUAUUUUACUGGUAACCCCCUUUCAUCACUCCAUUUUUCACCUCUUCCCUCCCUAAACCCUUUGCGCCGCCGUUUAUUUUUUACCAUGGACCUCUUCACCGCCGACCAAGUUUCCCCAUUCCCCGACUCCGGCCACCUCCUUUACCCCUCCGACCUCCUCUCCCACCGCCACAACCCCCAGAAACUCCGCCCCAUCAGGUCCAUCCCCUCCUCCUCCACUCCUCCUUACCUCGACUCAUCUCACAACCUCCGAUCCCCUUCUCCUGCUCUUGAAACUCCCCUCCAGACGCAGGAUCCGGCGGCUUCCGGGUCGGGUCUCAACCCGUUUCCCCACCAAGUGCAAGAGCCUGACUGGUUCUUGGAUGAUGAUGAUGAUAAAGAUGAUGGUGGUGAUGAUGAUGAUAAUGAAGAUGAGAAUUCAUCAGUAAGUAAUAAAGAACCUGGCUCUAGAAAGAGGAGGAAAAAGACGACGAGAAAGCUUGCAGAUUUUGCGCAAAAAUUGGUAAGGAAGGUGAUGGAAAAGCAAGAGCAGAUGCAUAAUGAAUUGAUGGUUAUGAUAGAGAAAAAGGAAAGGGAAAGAAUAGAGAGAGAAGAAGCUUGGAGGCGUGAGGAGAUGAUAAGGAUUAAAAAGGAUGAAGAGGCUAGAGCUCAAGAGAGGUCUCGUAAUUUGGCCGUCAUAUCUCUCAUUCAGAACAUAUUGGGCUAUGAAAUUCAAAUUCCCCAAGCAGCAGAAGGAAGCAGCAAAAGCAAAGAGGGUGAAGUUGAGGCGAACGUUCGAAGAGAUUUCUACAAUGAUCUAAGCAAAAAAAGAUGGCCUGAUGUUGAAGUACAAGCACUGAUAACUCUAAGAACUUCAUUGGAGCACAAGUUUCGUCAGUUGGGAUCAAAAGGAUCAAUAUGGGAGGAGAUAUCCGCAGCAAUGCAUGGCAUGGGCUACAACCGUUCUGCAAAGAAGUGCAAGGAGAAAUGGGAAAACAUGAACAAGUACUAUAAGAGGACCAAAGGGAACGGCAAGAAGUGGCCCUUACUUAAUUUGAAAACUUGCCCUUACUUUACUGAGUUGGAAAUUCUGUAUAAAAACGGGCUCCUUAGUCAAGGAAAUGCGUUGAGCAAUGCCAACGAUGUUCCCAAGGUUGAAGAAAAGGAAUGCAGUGAAACUUCUUGAUAAUCAUGUACAAUUCUCUGCACUCAUUUCUUUAGUCAUCGCCUCAUUGAUGAACUCUUAGACAGUAUACAAUCCUUGCAUGUUGCAUCUAUGUAUUCAGUUCAGUUCAGUUCAUUGGGUUGAACAUGGCACAGGAGAUAACUAUUGCCUGGUACUUGAUGGGAAUUAUGGUACAGGGUAGCAGUUUUUAAAGGAUGAGACUUGUGAGCCGGUGAAGUGAACUAGUGAAUACUUCCUGAUUUCCUAUUAGAGUAUUAGUACUCCAUUCAUAAUAUGACCCAUCAAAUGGUUGUAGGAAAUUCAUUUUGAAAUACCAUUACAAAGAUUCCAAUGAGAUUAUUGUAGAUUUGAUUCGAAAGUUAUGACAAAUAUCCAAAGUUGUGAUGCUA